UUUUUUUAACACGAUUACAAGAAGAACAAUACAUUUAUUUGUUGAAUUGAAUGAAUUGAAUCCUGUUUUUUUUAUAGGGUUUUCAUCACUUUGUUUUAAAAGAAAUAAUGGACACUUACGAAAGUAUAUUGUUGGUAAAAAACGAAGUGUUCGUUUUCAAAAUACCGCCGAGAACCACCAACAGAGGAUAUAGGGCGGCCGAUUGGAAUCUUGCUGAACCAACUUGGACUGGUCGUUUGAGGAUUGUCAGUGUGGGUGAUGCAUGCACUCUUAAACUUGAAGACCGUAACAAUGGUGAACUAUUUGCUAAAUGUCCCAUUGAACAAUACCCAGGCGUGGCAUUAGAGUCUGUUUCUGAUUCUUCUAGAUACUUUGUCGUACGCAUCCAAGAUGAAAAUGGUCGUGCCGCGUUUAUUGGUCUUGGAUUUGGUGAUCGUUCUGAUAGUUUUGAUUUAAACGUUGCCUUACAAGAUCAUUUUAAAAGAAUUAAAGUCUGUGAAGAAAUUGCUAAGGAAAAGAAUGAACCUAAACAAGAAUUGGAUCUGAAAUUCAAAGAAGGCGAAACAAUUAAAAUUAAUAUGAAAAUUACUAAAAAAGAUGGCAGUGAAGGAGUAGCUAAUAAGCAAACUAAACCUCGACCAACAAUUUCGGGCAGUGGAGGACUGUUACCACCACCUCCAGGCUCUUCUAGUAUAAAAACCAUUCCGGCACCACCCUCACAAACGUCAUCUCCAUCACAUCAAUCUACAAAUCCAAAUAAUUGGGGUGAAUUUACUUCUGCAAAUAAUACUUCUCAAUCAGGCGGAAAUUCUAAUCCUAAUUGGGUACAAUUUUAAAGCCAACAUAUUAUGCCAGGUAACCAAAUAUUGGAGUUUAUUAUUAUUAUUAUUAUUAUUAUACUAAACAUUUUUGUUAUAUUAUAAUUAAUUUAUUAUUAUUAUUAUUUUCGUUUUAAAUAUUCAAAAAUAUUGUUACAAUGAGUUAUUUUUAUUAGAUUCUUUGACAAAACAUAUUAUUUAGCCUAUUUAAAUCCUAUUAUGUUUUACCAAAAUAAAUUAUCAAGUUUACUGUAAAAAUAGUGAUUGUUUAAUUAUUAGUCUACAUUUGUAUAAAUGACUAUAUAAAUGUUAUUUUUCUUGAAUUUGUAGAAAUAUUCAAAAAUUUAAAAUCAUUUUUAAUUAUUCCAUUUUUUAAUAAAAUUAUUGUAUUUUUAUUAUUAUUAAAUAUUAAAUGAUAUGUGAAUCAUUAAUUUGUUAUUAAGUUAAUUAUUGAUAUUUGUUUAAUAUUAAUGUAUUCAGUAUUAUAAUAUAUGGAAAUUCUAUAAUAGUAUUAUUUAUAACAAAAACAGUAUUUACAUUUUUAAUAAUUACAGUACUUAUUUGUUCUCUUAAGAACUAAAAUUAGAAAUGAUAAUAUCAUAUAUCUCUUAUCAUGCAAUAAAAAUAGUAACAUGUAAUCAUUAUUUAUAAAAAAUAUUUUUUAUCCUUUUAUUAUAUUAAUUUUAUUCAUAAAAAAUAGUUUUAUCAAAUUAUACUUUAUGUCUUAAAUUCUGUUACUUUUCAUAUUUAAGUAUAUCAUUUUUACUUAAUUUCUCAGGUUAAUUUAUAUGGAAAAAAUUAAAAAAAAAUAAUUAUACAAAAUGAAGUUAAAUUUAUACUUCGUUAUAGAAAUAGUAUUUAACAGUAUUGACUACAAUAGUUGCAUACUUUCACUUCUUAUUCAUACAAGUUUAAACUAUUGUGCUGUACUAGUGUUGUUAAUUGUAUUAAAUUGUUAAAUAGCCUGUACAAAUAUUCUUGAAUUUUUUGUGUAUACAAUAAAAAAUUAAAAAAGACUAAUAAAUUAAGAAUAUUUAUCAUAAACGUAUAUAAUACACGUUUGAAGUAAAAUACCCUUUUUAAUUAAAUAACUUUAUUGUAAAAAUAAUUUUUUUAUGAACCGUAAAGAUUUUACUAUUAUUUAUUUAUUUUAGUAUAGUUUAAUUCAAAGUGUUAAGUUUAGUUCAAUUAAAAUAUUACAUUUGUUUGAGAUGUACAAAUAGGUAAAAUUUGUUUACAUACGAGUGAUAAUUGUACAUUUUUUUCACUUGUGUUUUUAUAUACUCUUAUUUAGAUAAAUUUUUCAUCUUAAUUCAUAAGCUUAUUAUAUGGUUCUAAUGUUCUUAUGAUACAUCUAUCUCAUUAUGUUUAGUGUUAAUUUAAUUACUCUAAAUCUAUAAAUUGUUUAAUUAGACCAACUAAAAUAUCUCAUUAUAUACAUAAUAUAAUGUAAUGGAUAGUGAAAAACUAUUAUUUUUCUGUAAUUUUAUCAUGAAUUAUUUAAUAUAUAAGCUUAUGUUUGAAUAUUAUUACUAUAAAUAGUAUUGGGAUAAUAAUUGUUAUUAACAUAUAUUAUUUAUUAACUAUUAUAAACCUAUGAUUAAAAACAAGCGCAGUAACCAAAAUGUUGAAUUGCGCACAUACAUUUCACUAAUUACACUAAUUACUCAUGUUAUAUUUAUUGGUGGAUAUUAAAAAAAUAUAUAUAUUAGGCUUUUUGGGUCUAAUUUUUUGUAUUAUUUAAAAAAAAUUUGAACUAUUCCAUUUGUAAAUGUUUUUUUUUUCAUUUUUAAUACAUAAUAUACUUAUAUAUUAUAUUAUAUUAUUAUUUAGAAUUUGUCAAUAGCUACUGUAGCUCUCUCUGACAUAAUAAUUUACUAAUGUACUAAUGUAUGAUUUACCUUCUAUUAGAUGAUCAACUUUAAUAAGAAACUAUUAAAAUAUAAUAUGCCUAUUUUUUUUCAUUUAAAUUAUUUUAUUUGCUAAAAUACUUGAAUCUAAACGAUUGUUUGCUAUUAUAAUUUACAAACGUUCAUUUAUUUGUUUUGGAAUUUAAUUUUCUUUAAAAUAUUCUUAUAAUAACACUUAAAAUAUGGCUUAUUUUGAUCAUCUACUCGUACUAUUCUUGUGUAACUUUGAAGGGCACACUAAGAUAUAUGAGCAAUAAAUACAAUAAUUAUGUAAAUUAUCGCAAAUGGAGAGCUACAAUUUCGAUGAAUAGUGUUUUGCACAGUGAAUUUUUAUUGUAACGUUGGGAUUGACGUUUAUACCAAUAUGAUGUUGUAUAGGUUAAGUAUUUAAUAUAUAAUACCCGUUUGAAAUGGUUGUAAUACGAAUAAUAAAACAACUAUUGAAAUAAUAA